GGAGGAACUCCCGCGCUAUCCAGCCGCCUGGUCGCUCCUCGCCUGGUGUCUGACCCCGGCAUGGAGGGGGUCCCAGUGCUGACGAGGGGCAACGCGGCCGCUGCCAAAGCGGAGGGAGCCGCCGCCUUGCCGCCCCCACCGCCCAUCUCCCCUCCUGCCCUCACCCCGGCACCCGCGGCGGGUGAGGAGGGUCCGCCGUCCUUGCCCGAGGCGGGGGCUCCCGGCUGCUCGGGCUCCCGGCCCCCUGAGCUGGAGCCGGAGCGCAGCCUGAGCCGCUUGAGGGGCCGCUUUGAGGACGAGGACGAGGAGUUGGAGGAUGAUGAGGAGCUGGAGGAAGAGGAGGAGGAGGAGGAGGAAGAGAUGAGCCACUUCUCGCUGCGGCUGGAGGGGUGCCGGCCGGAAUCGGAGGAUGAGGAAGAGCGCCUGAUUAAUCUCUCUGAGCUGACCCCAUACAUCAUGUGUUCCAUUUGUAAAGGUUACUUAAUAGAUGCAACUACCAUUACAGAAUGUCUUCAUACAUUUUGUAAAAGCUGCAUUGUAAGACAUUUUUACUAUAGCAACAGAUGUCCAAAAUGCAAUAUAGUUGUACAUCAGACACAACCUCUUUAUAACAUAAGGUUGGACCGACAGUUACAAGACAUAGUGUACAAAUUAGUGAUCAAUCUAGAGGAAAGAGAAAAAAAGCAAAUGCAUGAUUUCUAUAAAGAAAGAGGUCUAGAAGUACCUAAACCUGCUAUUCCACAGACAGUCCCUUCAAGCAAAGGAAGAUCUAAGAAAGCCUUAGAAUCAGUGUUUCGGAUUCCACCUGAACUUGAUAUGUCUUUAUUACUGGAAUUCAUUGGUGCUAAUGAAGGCACGGGACAUUUUAAGCCAUUGGAAAAGAAGUUUGUCCGAGUUUCAGGAGAAGCAACUAUUGGGCAUGUAGAAAAAUUUCUCAGAAGAAAAAUGGAUCUUGAUCCAGCUUGUCAGGUAGAUAUCAUCUGUGGUGAUCACUUGUUGGAGCGGUAUCAAACUCUAAGGGAAAUUCGACAUGCAAUAGGUGAUGCAGCAAUGCAGGAUGGUCUUCUGGUCCUUCAUUAUGGUCUUGUGGUUUCUCCUCUGAAAAUUACUUGAAGAUUCUAAGAGUAUCAGGAGGGAAGAGGGAAACAAAAUAAGGUGGCUUCUGCAGGACUGUGUCUCACCAAAGAUUUUCACGAAACAUAAUUGCUACCAUUUUGUGCUAAGACAUAACAUCUAUUUUUAGCACCAAGCAUCAUAAUAUUUAUACAUACAACUUGGAAUAAUGGAAUGCAUCUGUUUUACUAGUGACUAUAUAUAAAAAGCAUCCAUAGCUCAGGGGGAAAAUGUCAAAGUAUUGGAUUUUUAAAUUCCUUGUGAUUUCAAAUACUUUGAUAUUAAUUUUGCUUC